AUGACGACAUUCGAUGCUCUAAUGGACAUAGCAGAGGGGAGGUUAAGGUUGCAACAGGUCUUAGCUGAAUAUGAUCUUGAAAAUAUUUAUAACGCUGAUGAGACGGAUAAUGCGAGCUCACAUAUAGAUCCCUCACGACUCAAUCAAGAAAAUAUUGAAGGUCAUACAUCAAGUCGGUUAACUAAUGUUAAAAUACAUUACCUUCCACCAAAUAGUACCGCGCAUUUACAACCGAUGGCACAUUAUAAGCGUUUGUUCUGUCGUUAUUUAAUUCGACAAUUUGACGAGGGAGCCGGUGCUCGUAAUGACAGAUUUAAAAUUAAUGUAAAACAGGCAAUCGAAUAUAUCGCACUCGCUUGGGAGAAUAUUUCUGCUGAUACAAUUAAAAAUUGCUGGCGCCAUACUGGUGUCUUGCCGCCAGUUUGUGAUGAUACCAAUAUGAUGGAUAUAGCAGGUUCAGAAAUGAACCAAGAAAACGAGAUCGAAAUGUUGGUCGAUAGUUUACCGGAUGAAAAUCGCACAAUUAUGCAAAACUAUAUACAAGAACUCGACGCUCCUAUUACUGCUGAGGAACCUCUUUCCCUUGAACAGAUAGUUUCUAUGGUCAUUAUGGAGGAUGAAGAUGACAGUGACGAGUCUCGAGAAGAAAUAUCAUGUGUGCAGGUAAAAGAUGCUUGGUUGGGUUUAGAAACUGUAAUUAGAUAUUUCGAGUGA